ACGGGACUCAAACGCCUUCGUACCUCAUUUGAUAGGCGGCAGCUCGUUUUAGUUGUUUUAUUCGUCCAUCUUCCUGGCGUCUGAAGCAAACGCCAGCAUGUCUCUUAAUAAGCUCAAAGAAAAACUGACCCAGUUUAAAGAAGACAUAGAAAAGGCCGAAGAGAGGGAGGCUGACGCAAAAUCCCAGCUAAAAGAAGCCGAAGAGCAAGAAGAAAAAUACACAACAGAGGCCGAAGGAAUUAAGCGAAGGAAAAGACUACUCCUGGCCGAUUUGGACAAGGUUAACAAGCGCUUGGAUGAGCAGGAAGAGAAACUAAAGCAGGUCACUCAAAAAGGAGAAAAAGAAGAGUUGUGCCGCAAAGAGUUAGAGGAAAAUGAAGAAGAAGGGGAUGAGAAAAUCUUGGAACUGGAAUCUCUUAUCACUGAAGCUGCAAAGGAAGGAGAAGAAAAGCACCACACGUUGAUUGAAGCUAAGCGACGCCUUGUUGUGAUAGAGCGCGAUCUGAAGUCUGCGGAAGAGCGAGAAGAAAAAAGUCUUCGUGCAGUCGAGAUGUUAGAAGCGUCGUUAGAAAGAAUAUCGGAAAAAACUAAGGAUCUCGAGCAAGCGGACGAAGACGCAUCUGAACGAGAACAAGUCACUGAAGAGAAGAUACAGUUCCUGGAAGAACAACUGAAAAUGGCCAACGUCAGACUCGACGAUGCUGAGAGGCAGCACGCCAAAUGGGAGAGGUUAUCCGACUCUAUCACGGAAGAAAUCAAUAAUUGGAGAGCCAAGAUACGAGAAGUAGAAGAUGAAAUGGAAGAAAUUACGAAUAUUGCGGACGACAUUUGAAGAACAGGAUUACAUGAAAUUUGCAUACGCAAGAACAUCCGUUGCAGCGAAUUAACUGGUACUUGAUCGAGAGCCAAGAAUAAUUCAGUGUUCAAUCUUGUCAGGAGAACUUUUAUGUGAUCAAUCAAACGGUGUUAAUACAAACUGUUUCUCGUGGUAAAUGAGAGAUGUUAUUUUUCUAUUAUGCGUAGGAAUUUUCUAAGCAGCAUUUAUGCAAAUGUAUGUGU